GCACAUUUGAGAUGUGGUGGAACGGGAGAUUCGCAUAAUUUAUGUACAGCCGACAAAUCUGCAGCAACUGCGUGAUACUAUCAUUUUCCAGCACUUUGGCACGAAGGAUUAAGGCAGAAGGCAAAGGGGGUCCAACCCGGUACUAAGGUGUACUUUUAUAAAGUGGCUGGUGAGUGUAACACACACACACACACACACACACUAAAUGUAUAUGUGUGUAAAAAAAAACUUAUUUUGGAUGCGAAUGUGAUUAAUCUUUGCCCACUACGUUAUAAUUCAUUAAAAUCAGACCCUGCACUGCACUGCAUCGUUAUGGUUAUUUUGUCUACCUCCUAUAGGCAAUAUGUUAGAAAUCUCCCACCUUCUCUCUGAAUCUGAGGAGGAGGGAGUGUGUGCGCGCGUGUGUGUGUGCGCGCGCGCGCCCGUGCGUGUGUAUGAGUGAGUGCGAGAGUGAGAGAGAGAACUGCCGCUGAGAUUGGAGCCUAUCACGUCUUCAUUAUUAGUGUAAAAUGCUUUAGUAUCUUAUUAGCGCAGUGUGUCGUUCAUCUGUCGCUCACAGAUCAGUCACGCGGGACACGUUAACUUCAGGUCUAGAACGUCAGUGGCUCAAUCAAAGGCCCAAGAUGCCUGAGCAGAGCAACGACUAUCGUGUGGUGGUGUUUGGAGCAGGAGGUGUGGGCAAGAGCUCGCUAGUGCUCCGUUUUGUGAAAGGAACCUUCAGGGACACCUACAUCCCGACGGUGGAAGACACUUACCGGCAGGUGAUCAGCUGUGACAAGAGCGUCUGCACCCUGCAGAUCACAGACACCACCGGGAGCCACCAGUUCCCUGCCAUGCAGCGUCUGUCCAUCUCCAAGGGUCACGCCUUCAUCCUGGUCUACUCCAUCACCAGCAAACAGUCCCUGGAAGAAUUGAAGCCCAUAUACCAGCAGAUACUCGCUAUCAAAGGCAACGUAGAGAACAUUCCUAUCAUGCUGGUGGGGAACAAGAGUGACGAAACACAACGGGAAGUGAAGACCGAAGAUGGAGAAGCCCAGUCUAAGACCUGGAAGUGUGCUUUCAUGGAGACCUCGGCUAAGACUAAUCACAAUGUCACUGAGCUCUUCCAGGAGCUGCUCAACUUGGAGAAGAAGAGGAGCAUGAGUUUGAACAUCGAUGGCAAGCGUUCUGGGAAGCAAAGCAGGGCUGACAAGCUGAAGGGGAAAUGCAGUGUCAUGUAGACUUGCUUAUAAGAAGCAAAAGCAGAACAUGGCGAGAUAAUCUGGCGAGAUAGAGACAAAGGAAAGGAGCCGGAGAUGGUGAUAUUUGACAUUUCACGCUUAUUUCCGAUAACAAGGACUUCACAUCUCAGAUUUCAUCCUUCACUGUCAGUCUCUGGCCUUAACAAGCGCUGGCCCAUUCAUAUUGCCUUGUCUGUUCUUAUUACAGAGCAUCACCAUCAUCUCUCACAUCUGAGAAGUGUUCAGACAGCACUUAUAAGAGCUAAUUUCACUCCCCUGCUCUCUAGAGGAGCACUAGCAUUAGGCUAGAGUCUUUAGUGUGCUAGCUAGUGUCUCCUCGUCCCAUUCCAGGAAUCAUCCGUUUGAUUCCCCCUCAGAGAAGCUUGAGCCGAGCAGUGAGGUUACAUUGGCGCUGUGAGUUUUAAACUCCUCUGAUCUCUAAAGGCACACUAGCACUAUGCUCUGAUCUGUAGUGUUCUUGUCAGUGUGCUCAUGCGUCCGGCUGAUGUGAUACCUCACUCCCCUGGAGUUAAAGGGUCAUGAAACCCCCAUCUUUUGAUUAAAAUCUACCUCAGGAUUUUUUUUUGUUGAUAAAUGCAACUUAAAUGAGUGUAGAAAGCAGUGAGCAGAAGGUAGGGGAGUGGGUAUGAUGGAGCAAAUCAGGAGAGAAAGAAGACAGCAAGCAACUGUAAUCUCAGUGGCCCAUACUCACUGAGAGGGCUUAUUUUAAAAUUUAGACACAUACAUACCUACUCUGAAGGGACAGAAGUGUCCUUGAGCAGUGGAGUGUUUGAAUGUUGUGUCUGUCAGCAUUUGAAUACUGUGCAAGUCCGCUGAUGGAUCAUCUGAUAGAUGUAGCUUUCAAGAGUUUCACUGUCUGUGUAAGUCCUGUUGUAAACUGGUGAUUAUUAGCACCAAUCACAGUCAGACCUGUUGACCAUGUGAACACAACGGCCAAUCAGUGGCAUUCAGUAAUUCUGUUAUUGUCACAUUUUAAACAUUUCAGUACAGACUCGUAGAAGUUGGCACUUGUGUCAACACUAUCAUCACCGUGACCCUUUUUGAACGCCUAAACACUGCACGGUCUUGCAGCUUGACCAAAUAAUUCAGAAGCAGUGUUUUCUCAUAAAAUAAGAAAACUCAGUGACGCUGCCUGUUAGAUUUAAAAUCGAAUGAGAAAGUUGUGGGGAAAAGUUUUCUAAAAAUCAAAGCUAAGAAAUGCUAACAUUGUGUUAAUUGAUGUUCACAGAUAAGUAUGUUAGGGUGCUUUCACACCUAGACUUUUGUUUUGGAACCUGGAGCAUUUCCCCAGUUGCCAUGGUUCAUUUGGCUUUUGUGAAUCUAGCAAUCUUGCUCGGAACCACGCCAAAACAAUCGGUUCGAGAUCGCCUGAACGAGGGGGUCUCGGCUCGAUUGAAACAAACUCUGGAGUGGAUCAAUUGUAGUGAGACAGCAAACUGAUCUGAACCAGGCUAUAUCACAGUGUAUUAUGGUUAUGUAAUAGCCAUAUGUGGCUAUAUGAAGAGAGAAUUAUGAGAAGGGCGGGGUGUCAUUCCCACCGGUAAAUGUGCGUUUCAUGAAAAAUACAAAAGUGAAAGCAUGGUGAACUAUUAACGAGAGCUAUUUUGUUUAUUAGGAAAAUUUACCAAACAGCAGUCAUGGUUUAUCUGUUAUUUCUCUCUCUAAUGUAAAGUCAAUAAUGCAUAAGCCAACUGCUAUAUAAAGUCUUACCUCUGAUUUAUAUUUGGUUAUGAUGGGUGUCACUAUUCAAAAUUAAAGUGCAGCUUUUCACUUAUAAUGUCUAAUUGCACAUCGUCAUAAAUUAAAAUAAUACUCUGCAAAAUAAACCGUGAAACUCCAAUGUGGGCAGAGUUUGCUCGCACGUGACUUGUUUUAGUUCUUUUAGUCCGUUUAGAAACAUUGCCAUGUGAAAGCGAACCGUACCAAGAACAAAGUGCAACAUUGUAACAAUUUUAAUCCCUUUUUCGGAACAAAAGAAUCAAUACACAGGUGUGAAAGCACCCUUAGAAUCAAGGAAAAUGUAGUUAAGGGUUCCAUGAUCCUUUAAGAAGCACACUAGCUACUGAUACAAGAGCAAAUUACCAAUCCUGUUCCUGGAGGGCUCCUGUCCUGCAAGGUUUUGAUUCAGGUUUUUUCAGAUGCAUUUGAUAAUGGUGCACCUCUGCAGGACAUUGCUCAAAAAUUGCCCAUCCAUGCAAAUUAAUUCACAAAAAAAUAAAAGUUUUGGUGACCUUCAAUAAAAGUCUGACCAUUUGCAUUAGUUUGAUGGCUUCAGACACAAUAUUCGUAACCAUGCCCCUUUUACCAUUAGUUUGCUACAAGAGAUGAUGUGCAAAAAGAAAGUUCCGUCCCCUACUCAAUAUACCAUUUCAGUUGAAAGUACAUCAACAGACUGUACUGAAAGUCUUAGCAACUUCAGCUUCAUGCAGACUUUAACCCUAAAAUUGUGGCCUUGUCAAUGUAAAACAUGACAGAAUUAAUGAAUGCAGCGUCUGUUGUUGACAGUAUUUUUUUAUUUUACAGUAACUUUACAGUUUGGUUUAGUUUAAUUUGCUUUUCAUUUUUUAUAAGCAGAGUUACAUAACCCUUUAAUUGAUCAAAUUAAGGUACUGUUAAAAGUGACUUGAACACAACUGGCAUCGUAAUCACAACUUGUUAAUUGAAAGAACGGAUGUCCCAAGAGGAACCAGUAUAAAUAUGGGCUCCAGGAGCAGUUCAUCCACCUCCUAUGCUGGAGUCUCUGGUGGAGUUAUAUUGGAGCCCUUAGAUGUGAGGUUUAUGGCGUACUCUCACUAUGCUAUCUGAACCGUGCCCAGGUGCUUUUCCCGGAUUGUUUGAGAAGUGUGAGUGCGCUGA